CCAAGCCAAAGACCAUGGGCACACCUUCUCAGUCCUCGUCGUCAUUACAGAUACCAUUAUUGACCUGAUCGAUGACGCUUGCUUAUUCCAAAAGCGCAUCGCCUUUCUUCGUCUCCUUUUCCUCUUCCGAUUUGACGCGUCGGCGUCGCCUUUCAGUGCCGUGAGGCUUCAGCCGCGCGCCGUGCACGCCCGCGCGGGGAUCCACGACGUGCCUUCCCUUCUCUUUCCCUGAACUUCCCCUCCCCGGAAAACCGCAGGGAUACGCUGCAGAGACAACGAGCAAGCAAACAAACCGCGAGAUCCUUUCGGCUCGCGGUUUCAAUUCGCGAUUCAGACAAGAAAAGAAACCAAAAAGGCCGGCCGUCACCGACAAGCCGGCCUCUUCCGGCUUGUACACUCCACGGCCGCUGAACUGGACGCCGCUGCCCCUGCCAGUUGACGCCCACUGUAUUAUUAAGCUCUACACACUUGCUGCUCCAUCGCCUUGUACGCUUGUAAAGUAGUAGCAUCGGCCGGGCAGCUCCCCUGCGCGCCGCAUGCGAUGGGGUCGACGCCGCCGCUGUCGACCGCGCACACGCGCGUCGCCGUCCUCCUCCUCCUCUUCCUCCUCGCCGUCGUCCCGUGGCCCGGUGCGGCCGCCCAGGGAGGUUACCGCGUCAUGUCUGUCGCCGGGGGCGGGGGUCAGCUGUCCGCGCGGCUGGAGCUCGCCGGCGACGGCGAGAAGGCCGAGCUCGGGCCCGACGUCCAGAGGCUCAGCCUAACCGCCAGCCUUGAGACGGACAGCCGGCUGCACGUCCGCAUCACCGACGCCGAACACCCUAGAUGGGAGGUCCCCCAGGACAUCAUCCCCCGCAAGGCGCCGCGUGACAUCGUCCUCGACGCGAGCACGGGCGCCUCGCCACGCAGCCGCGUCCUCUCCGCGGCGACCUCCGACCUGACCUUCACCCUCCACGCCUCCCCGUUCCGCUUCACCGUCUCCCGCCGCUCCACGGGGGACGUCCUCUUCGACACCUCCCCGAGCGUCUUCUUCAAGGACCGGUACCUCGAGCUCACCACGGCGCUCCCCGCCGCCCGAGCGUCGCUCUACGGGCUCGGGGAGCACACCAAGCGCACGUUCCGGCUGCAGCGCAACGACACGUUCACGCUCUGGAACGCUGACAUCGCCGCUGGCAACGUCGACCUCAACCUCUACGGGUCCCACCCGUUCUACCUCGACGUGCGCUCGGCGUCCCCCGCCGGCGCCGGGAACGGCGCCGGCGCGGCGCAUGGCGUGCUCCUGCUAAACAGCAACGGCAUGGACAUCGAGUACGGCGGGUCGUACCUCACGUACAGGGUCAUCGGCGGCGUGCUCGACUUCUACUUCUUCGCCGGCCCGGCACCCCUCAACGUCGUCGACCAGUACACCCAGCUCAUCGGCCGCCCGGCCCCCAUGCCGUACUGGUCAUUCGGGUUCCACCAGUGCAGGUACGGGUACAAGAACGUUGCUGACCUGGAAGGCGUGGUGGCCGGCUACGCCAAGGCCAGGAUCCCGCUGGAGGUGAUGUGGACGGACAUCGAUUACAUGGACGCGUUCAAGGACUUCACCCUGGACCCGCUGAACUUCCCGGCCGGCCCGAUGCGGCAGUUCGUCGACCGCCUUCACCGGAACGGCCAGAAAUACGUCGUCAUCCUAGACCCAGGGAUCAACGUGAACGAGACGUACGGGACGUUCAUCCGGGGGAUGCAGCAGGACGUGUUCCUGAAGUGGAACGGCACCAACUACCUCGGCAAGGUGUGGCCGGGCAACGUCUACUUCCCGGACUUCCUCAACCCGCGCGCCGCCGCGUUCUGGGCGCGGGAGAUCUCCCUGUUCCGGCGGACGCUCCCCGUCGACGGGCUCUGGAUCGACAUGAACGAGAUCUCCAACUUCGUCGACCCGCCGCCGCUGGACGCACUGGACGACCCGCCGUACCGCAUCAACAACUCCGGCGUGCGCCGCCCCAUCAACAACAAGACCGUGCCGGCGUCCGCGGUGCACUUCGGCGGCGUCCGCGAGUACGACGCGCACAACCUCUACGGCCUCCUCGAGGCGCGAGCCACGAACGCCGCGCUGCGCGCCGACACCGGCCGCCGCCCCUUCGUGCUCAGCCGGUCCACGUUCGUCGGCUCCGGCCGCUACACCGCGCACUGGACCGGCGACAACGCCGCGACGUGGGACGACCUCCACUACUCCAUAAACACCAUGCUCAGCUUCGGGCUCUUCGGCAUCCCCAUGGUCGGCGCCGACAUCUGCGGCUUCAGCGGCGACACCACCGAGGAGCUCUGCAGCCGCUGGAUCCAGCUUGGCGCCUUCUACCCGUUCGCGAGGGACCACUCGGCGAUCGGCACCGUCCGGCGGGAGCUGUACCUGUGGGAGACGGUGGCGCGGUCGGCGAGGAAGGCGCUCGGCCUGCGCUACCGGUUGCUGCCGUACCUGUACACGUUGAUGCACGAGGCGCACGCCACGGGGGCUCCCAUCGCGCGGCCGCUCUUCUUCUCCUACCCCAAGGACGUGCAAACCUACGGGGUGGACCGCCAGUUCCUGCUCGGCCGCGGCGUGCUCGUGUCGCCGGUGCUCGAGCCGGGGGCAACCGCCGUCGAUGCCUACUUCCCCGCUGGCCGGUGGUUCAGCCUCUUCGACUACUCCCUCGCCGUCGCCUCGGCCACCGGCAAGCGCGUGACGCUCCCGGCCCCCGCCGACACGGUGAACGUGCACGUCGCCGGCGGCAACAUACUGCCGCUGCAGAUGCCGGCGCUGACCACGUCGCGCGCGCGCCAGACCGUGUUCCACCUCCUGGUCGCGCUCGCCGAGGACGGCUCGGCGGACGGGGAGCUGUUCCUGGACGACGGCGAGUCGCCGGAGAUGGCCGGGCCGCGGGGCCAGUGGAGCCUGGUGCGGUUCACCUGCAAGGCGGGGCGCGGCGGCGCCACGGUGAGGUCGCACGUGCUGCACGACUCGUACGGGCCGAGCCGGAAGCUGGUCAUCGGGAAGGUGGUGUUCCUGGGCCUGCGCUCGCCGGCGCCGCCGAGGGAGCUCGCCGUGUACGUCAACGGCGUCAGGACGGCCAACUCGACCGGCCGCGCCCAGGGGUACCGGAUGAGCGGGGCGCUCGGCGCCGCCCACGUGGCGGGGCUGUCGCUGCCCGUCGGCAAGGAGUUCGAGCUCAAGGUUGUCAUGUCAUAAUUCGUAACAUGGCAUUGGAACUCUGGAUUGGCGCGUAUUGUCCGAAUAAAAAUUGAUCGAAAGAUUAAACUUCAAAUAAAUGACAUCAUCGUCAAGGCAAUGCUAUGAACUUUACCUCUUCGCAAAAUAAAAAAAAAUCUUUAGCA